GCUUGCACCUAAUCUGUCACCCACCCCUCACUCUCUCUCUCUCCUCCUACUCUCCCACCUCUAGGCCUUUUGACUGCUUGUCCAACUCAAGUCAUCAACAUGAGGCUCUCUUAUCUGGCCGUAGCCACCGCCUUGGCUACCAUCACAACAGCUGCAGCAACCCCCAAGCAGCAAUGUCACUGCCUACCUGGAGACUCUUGUUGGCCCUCGGUCUCCACUUGGAACCUGCUCAACGCAACCGUUGGUGGCCGUCUGGUCGCCACCACGCCCAUUGGAUCGCCCUGCCAUGAUCCUACGUACGAUGCCGCGGCUUGUGCUGCUCUGCAGUCAUCCUGGACCAACCCCUUGACACACAUUCCCUCCUCGUCUUCUGUUAUGCAAUCCUACUUUGCCAACCAGUCCUGCGACCCUUUCACUGACAGAGCUGUUCCUUGCACCCUCGGCAACUAUGUGAGCUAUGCUGUCGACGUCCGCUGCACCGCAGACGUCAGCUAUGCUCUCAAGUUCGCCAAGGCCAACAACCUCAGAGUUGUUGUCCGUAACACUGGUCACGACUUCCUCGGACGUUCUACCGGUGCCGGUGCUCUUGCGAUCUGGACCAACCACUUGAAGACCAUUGACUUCUCAACAUGGUCUGAUAAGUACUACUCCGGCCCGGCUGUCAACGUCGGCGCCGGUGUCCUCGGGUACGAGAUCCUUGAGGCUGCCCACGCAAAGGGUCUUACUGUCGUCUCUGGUGAGUGCGCCACAGUUGGCCUUGCUGGCGGUUUCACACAGGGAGGUGGUCACUCUGCUCUGUCAACACAGUUCGGUCUCGGAGCCGAUCAGACGCUGGCCUUCCAAGUAGUCACCGCCGACGGCAAGACUGUCGUCGCCUCUGCUACACAGAACACCGACCUGUACUGGGCUCUCAGCGGCGGUGGCGGCGGUACCUUUGGUAUUGUCACUGGCCUUACUGUUCGCGCCUACCAGGCCCAGACUGUUGGCGGCGCCGCUUUCCAGCUCCUCGCUGCGACGACCACGCCUGAGAAGUUCAACGCCGCUGUCUCCAAGUUUCACGAACUGCUUCCCGCGAUGACGGACCAGGGUGCUUUCGCCGUCUUCCUCCACAACGCCCAGUUCCUCGUCCUCCGCCCUCUGACUGUCUGGAACUCGACCGCUGCUCACGUUCGUGAUGUCAUCCUUGCGCCCUUCACCAAGGCCCUCGAAGAGGAGAUUGGCAUCACCCUGACCGUCGCCUACAGCGAGCUGUCCUACCGUGAUCACUACGACCUCUACAUGGGCCCUCUUCCCCAGGGCAACCUCGAGGUUACGCGGUACCAGUUCGGUGGUCGCUUGAUUCCCCGCGAGGCGAUCGAGAACAACAACGUAGAGUACCAAAAGGUCGUCCAGAACCUGACUGCAAAUGGCGUCCUCCUCGCCGGUAGCGUCGGACACUACAACAAGCCCGCCAGCGCGCCCGAGAACUCGGUCCACCCAGCGUGGCGCAAGGCUGUCAUGCAGUUGCAGCUCAUCACCAACUGGGACAAUGCCGCGCCUUGGGCUGGCAUGGAGGCUUCGCAGAAGCGCAUGACGGACGAGUUCAUGCCGUGGAUCACGGCUGUUACGCCGGGUAGCGCUUCGUACAUGAACGAGGCCGACUUCAGGCAACCGGACUGGCAGAAUGCCUUCUUUGGCACUAACUACGCCAAGUUGCUCGCGAUCAAGAAAAAGUGGGACCCUGAGUCGCUCUUCUACGUCCUUAAGGGC